GGGGCAGCACCGAGCACGCACGCUUUCUUAUUGCCCUGGCGCUCCCGCGCUCGGAGGCUUCACGCGUCUAAUAAUCGCCGCACGGUUGGCUUGCUUUGCCCCGGCUCCCCGAGGGCGACGGCGACACGGCCACGCGGGUGGAUUGAGGAGAGUGGAGGCGCAGCGGCCAAAAAUCUAGCGCGCGCGUCGUUGGGCGGUGGCAUUGCGUCGCGCCUCGGUCUCCUCGCGUUCGUUCGUGUCGUGCCGACGCCGUGCGUACGCGGGGGACGGCCGGACGGCAGCCGAUCGCCUCCCCCUGUCUUCGCGCGCCAUGGCCGAGAUUUGCUGCGAGGAGGCCAAGGCGACGCCGGCGUCGGCGUCGGCCGUCACGGCGCUCGCUAGGCGCCGGCCCAGGGUGGAGCUGGGCGUGCCCGGGGCAUACCGGCCCACGCCGGCCGCGGACGAGGAUGGCAGUGGCAGUGGCAGUGGCGGGCGUGGCGGGAAGCGGCGGAGGGUGUCGGGCGCGGCGCCCGGGCGAUCGUGUCAGAGGCCUCGGGUGCCGGGGUUCGGGUCGAGGUGGUGGCCGAGGUACGGCGUCACCUCCGUCUGCGGCCUCCGGCGCGAGAUGGAGGACGCCGUGUCCAUCAGGCCGGACUUCCUUCACGGCGGCGGCGGCGGCGGCGCCUCCUCUUCCUCCUCCGGCAAGCAUCAUUUCUUUGGCGUCUUUGACGGCCACGGCUGCUGCCAUGUGGCCAGGAUGUGCCAGGACAGGAUGCACGAGCUGGUCGCCGACGAGUACAGCAAGGCGGCCUCCGGCAAGGAGGGUGGUGCCACCGCGGCGGCGGCGGCGGAGCCGGCGUGGAAAGAGGUGAUGGAAAGGGGGUUCGCGCGGAUGGACGACGAGGCUGCGAGCUGGGCCGCGAGCCGCAGCGGCAAUAACGACGACCUCCCCUGCCGCUGCGAGCUGCAGAAACCGGCGCGGUGCGACCACGCGGGCUCAACCGCCGUCGUCGCGGUCGUCGGCCCCACCAGCGUCGUCGUCGCCAGCGCCGGCGACUCCCGCGCGGUCCUCUGUCGCGGCGGCGUCCCCGUCCCACUAUCCGUCGACCACAAACCUGACCGGCCCGACGAGCUAGAGCGCAUCCAGGCGGCGGGUGGCCGUGUCAUCUUCUGGGACGGCGCCAGGGUGCUCGGCGUCCUCGCCAUGUCUCGAGCCAUUGGAGACGGCUACCUGAAGCCGUUCGUGACGGCGGAGCCGGAGGUGACGGUGACUGAGCGCACGGACGGCGACGAGUGCCUGAUCCUGGCGAGCGACGGGCUGUGGGACGUCGUCAGCAACGAGAUGGCGUGCGAGGUCGUCAGGGCGUGCUUCCGGAGCAACGGCCCGCCGUCCUCGCCGGGCGCGCGGCCGAACGGCGUGCUCCCGCCCGCCGCUGCGGCGGGGCGGGAAGGCGACGGCCCCGCGGCGGUGAAGGUGGACAGGGCCGAGUCCGACCGGGCGUGCUCCGAAGCGGCCCUGCUGCUCGCGAAGCUCGCGAUCGCGCGCCGGAGCUCGGACAACGUCAGCGUCGUCGUCGUCGACCUCCGGCGGGGGUCCUGAACUACUGAUGGAUUCGUGGGGAACAUGAUUGCAUGCCCCCGCCACGGCCAUUGUUGUUUUCUUCCGCUACAGCAUGAUGGAUUAAUAAUAAAUAGUCUAAUUCACUGAUC